AUGCGUUACGUUCUCGUCUCAGGCGGUGUCAUCUCGGGAGUGGGCAAGGGCAUCAUCGCCUCUUCCACGGGUCUGCUCCUCAAGACCCUGGGAUUGCGUGUAACUAGCAUCAAGAUCGACCCGUACCUGUCGGUCGAUGCUGGUCUUAUGGCCCCCGCCGAACACGGCGAAUGCUUUGUGUUGCAAGAUGGCAUGGAGGUAGAUCUUGACCUGGGCAACUACGAGCGCUACCUCGCCAUCCGCCUGACGGGCGAGCACAACAUCACCACCGGCAAGGUGUACAGGCACGUCAUCGACAAGGAGCGCCGCGGCGACUACCUCGGAAAGACGGUGCAGGUCGUCCCCCACGUCACCGAUGCCAUCCAGGACUGGAUCGAGCGCGUGGCCAAGAUUCCCACAGAUGACUCCGGCGAAGAGCCUGACGUCUGCAUUAUCGAGCUUGGAGGCACCGUUGGUGAUAUUGAGAGCAUGCCCUACGUCGAGGCAUUGACCCAAUUGCGCCACAGAGCAGGAAGCGGCAACUUCAUUCAGAUCCAUGUCUCCUACGUCCCAACCAUUCAUGGCGAGCAGAAGACGAAGCCCACACAGCAUGCCGUGAAGACGGUCCGCAGUUACGGUCUUGUCCCUGACAUGAUUGCCUGCCGUUGCGAGCAGCCUCUCGAGGAGGCCACGGUCAAGAAGAUUGCCCUCCUCUGCCAGGUCGACGUGCCCCAGGUCCUCGUCGUUCGUGACAUGCCCACCAUCUACCAGGUUCCCCUCCUUUUGGAGGAGCAGAACCUCAUCCCCUUCUUGCGCAAGGCCGUCAAUCUCGACGCCCUGCACAUCCCCCAGUCCCGCAUUGCCGAGGGUGAGGCGCUCUGGAAGACGUGGGCGUCCGUCGUCAGCCGCCCGUCCGACGGUGAGAUCAACAUCGCCCUCGUCGGCAAGUACGUCAAGUCGCAAGACGCCUACUUGUCCGUCGUCAAGGCUUUGGAGCACUCGGCCAUGCACCUGCGCAAGAAGCUCAACAUCUGCUGGGUGGAUGCCGAGCACCUCGAGCCCCAGGCCAAGUCCCAGGACCAGGCCCAGUACCACAAGGCGUGGCACGAUGUGUGCACCGCCUCGGGUAUCAUCGUCCCCGGUGGUUUCGGCACCAGAGGUACCGAGGGCAUGAUGAAGGUUUCUAAGUGGGCGCGCGAGAACGGCACCCCCUUCCUCGGUGUCUGCCUCGGUUUCCAAACCGCCAUCAUCCAGUACGCCCGUGACUUCCUCAACAUCGUCAACGCCACCUCGGAGGAGUUCGACGCCUCGGCUGAGAACAAGGUUGUCAUCUACAUGCCCGAGAUCAGCCGCGACAAGCUAGGCGGUACCAUGCGGCUGGGUUUGCGCCCGACUGAGUUCCAGCCCGGCAGCGAGUGGUCCAAACUGCGCUCGCUGUACGGCGAGGCCGAUUCCGUCGAGGAAAGACACCGCCACCGUUACGAGGCCAACCCGGCCUACGUCGAGAAGCUGACCGAGGCUGGCCUCAACUUUGUCGGCAAGGACGAGACCGGUGAGCGCAUGGAGAUCUUUGAGAUCAAGGACCACCCGUACUUUGUCGGUACUCAGUUCCACGCCGAGUACCAGUCCAAGGUCCUCAACCCGAGCAGACCCUACCUCGGCUUCAUUGCCGCCAGCGCUGGAUGCCUUGACCAGGUCAUCAAGGAGCAGCUCGCGGCCGCCAAGCUGGCCAACGGCACCAACCACGUCGUCUAA